AAGGAGACUUGAGGGGCCGGGCCGGGCGGAUCCCCUCCCCUCCCCAAUGUGAGCAGUGUCCCGAGCCCUCGGCAGGCGAAGGCGGCCCUGAGAGUUGGAGCCGGUGGCCGGGGCCUGGAACAUGAGGCACUGUCUCCUCUUCCUGACCAGUUUGGUGCCUUUCGUGCCGGCGCCGCGACCUCCCGACAACCCGGGCUUCGGCUCCCAACAGCGACUCGAAAGGCUUGAUUCUUUGCUGUCAGACUACGAUAUCCUCUCUUUAUCUAAUAUCCAGCAGCAUUCAGUAAGAAAAAGAGAUCUACAGACCUCAACACAUUUAGAAACACUACUAACUUUUUCAGCCUUGAAAAGGCAUUUUAAAUUAUAUCUGACAUCGAGUACUGACCGCUUUUCACAAAAUUUCAAAGUGGUGGUGGUGGAUGGUAGAGAUGAAAGCGAGUACACUGUAAAAUGGCAGGAUUUCUUCAGUGGACAUGUGGUUGGUGAGCCUGGCUCUCGGGUUUUGGCCCACAUAGGAGAUGAUGAUGUUACAAUAAGAAUCAACACAGAUGGGGCAGAGUAUAAUAUAGAGCCACUUUGGAGAUUUGUUAAUGAUGCUGAAGAUAAAAGAAUGUUAGUUUAUAAAUCUGAAGAUAUCAAGAAUGUUUCACGUUUGCAGUCUCCAAAAGUGUGUGGUUAUUUAAAAGUGGAUCAAGAAGAGUUGCGUCCAAAGGGUCUAGUAGACAGAGAGGCACCUGAAGAGCUUGUUCAUCGAGUGAGGAGAAGAGCCGAUCCUAAUCCUAUGAAGAAUACGUGUAAAUUAUUGGUGGUAGCAGAUCAUCGCUUUUACAAAUACAUGGGCAGAGGGGAAGAGAGUACAACUACAAAUUACUUGAUAGAGCUAAUUGAUAGAGUUGAUGACAUCUAUCGGAACACUUCAUGGGACAAUGCAGGUUUCAAAGGUUAUGGAAUACAGAUAGAGCAGAUUCGCAUUCUCAAGUCUCCAGAAAAUGUAAAACCUGGUCAAAGGCACUAUAACAUGGCAAAAAGUUACCCAAAUGAAGAAAAGGAUGCUUGGGAUGUGAAGAUGUUGCUAGAGCAAUUUAGCUUUGAUAUAGCUGAGGAAGCAUCCAAAGUCUGCCUAGCACAUCUUUUCACAUACCAAGAUUUUGAUAUGGGAACACUUGGAUUAGCUUAUGUUGGUUCUCCCAGAGCAAACAGUCAUGGAGGUGUUUGUCCAAAGGCUUAUUAUAGUCCAGUUGGGAAGAAAAAUAUUUAUUUGAAUAGUGGCUUGACCAGUACAAAAAAUUAUGGUAAAACCAUCCUUACAAAGGAAGCUGACCUGGUUACAACACAUGAAUUGGGACACAAUUUUGGAGCAGAACAUGAUCCUGAUGGUUUAGCAGAAUGUGCCCCAAAUGAGGACCAAGGAGGAAAAUAUGUUAUGUAUCCCAUAGCUGUGAGUGGAGAUCAUGAGAACAAUAAGAUGUUUUCGAACUGCAGUAAACAGUCCAUCUAUAAGACCAUUGAAAGUAAGGCCCAGGAGUGUUUCCAGGAACGCAGCAACAAAGUGUGUGGGAACUCCCGGGUGGAUGAAGGGGAAGAAUGUGAUCCAGGCAUCAUGUACCUGAACAACGAUACCUGCUGCAGCAACGACUGUACUCUGAAACAGGGUGUUCAGUGCAGUGAUAGGAAUAGUCCUUGCUGUAAAAACUGUCAAUUUGAGACAGCCCAGAAGAAGUGCCAAGAGGCUAUUAAUGCUACUUGCAAAGGCGUAUCUUACUGCACAGGUAACAGCAGUGAAUGCCCUCCUCCUGGAAACGCUGAAGAUGACACAGUUUGCUUGGAUCUUGGAAAGUGUAAAGAUGGAAAAUGCAUUCCCUUCUGUGAGAGGGAGCAGAAGCUGGAGUCCUGUGCAUGUAAUGAAACCGACAACUCCUGCAAGGUGUGCUGCAGGGACCCUUCUGGCCGCUGUGUGCCCUAUGUUGAUGCUGAAGAAAAGAAUUUAUUUUUGAGGAAAGGAAAGCCCUGUACAGUGGGAUUUUGUGACAUGAAUGGCAAAUGUGAGAAACGAGUACAGGAUGUAAUUGAGCGAUUUUGGGAUUUCAUUGACAAGCUUAGCAUCAAUACUUUCGGGAAGUUUUUAGCAGAUAACAUUGUAGGCUCAGUCCUGGUUUUCUCCUUGAUAUUUUGGAUUCCUUUCAGCAUUCUUGUCCAUUGUGUGGAUAAAAAACUGGAUAAGCAAUAUGAAUCUCUGUCGCUGUUUCACCCCAGUAAUGUCGAAAUGCUGAGUAGCAUGGACUCCGCAUCAGUUCGCAUCAUUAAACCAUUUCCUGCACCCCAGACUCCGGGCCGGCUCCAGCCCCUGCCGCCUGCCCCAGUGAUGCCCUCGGUGCCUGUGGCUCCAAAACUGGACCACCAGAGAAUGGACACCAUCCAGGAAGACCCCAGCACCGACUCGCACGUGGAUGAAGACGGCUUUGAGAAGGACCCUUUUCCAAACAGCAGCACAGCUGCGAAAUCCUUUGAAGAUCUCACAGACCAUCCUGUCACCAGAAGUGAAAAGGCAUCUUCUUUUAAAUUACAGCGUCAGAAUCGCGUUGACAGCAAAGAAACAGAAUGCUAGUUCAGGGGUGGCUUUUCUGUGUUCUUCUGACUUAAAUAUCCAAAGUGUUUUUAUAAGUUUGAUCUAAAAUCACUGCAUAUAUUUUGUGCAAAUUUGGGAGAAAUAAGGAAGUGAUACCACCACAGGUGCUGGCCAGGUGUUUGCACUCCUUCACAUAGGCACUGAGAAGAUAAGGUCAAUCUAGCUUAUUUUAUGGCUUUCAGGUUUUAGGUUUGUGUUUUUGUUUUGUUUUAAUCUUUAAAAUAUCCUCCAACCUGUGGUGCAGAAGCACAAAAUACAGCUGGCUUAGGUUAUGAAUAUUUAUAUUUUUGUAAAUUAACCUUUUAUAUCGAUAACAGCACUGAUUAGGGAGAUCAGUUUUUUUUUAUACACUGUAAAAAUCUGCCAAAUAUAACAAGGCAUUUAGCAGCUAUUUGUGAGGAUAGCUGGAAUACAGAAUAAAUUUUUUUUUCCGUCAAGUAAAGUUAAAGGAGUGAGAUAAAAUCUAGUUCUAAGUUAUGUCCAAAAUGUGGGUUCUAUUUCUAGGUAUUUCUCAAAGCUGUUAGCAAUAUGGAAUGUACACAUCUAAACUUAGAAAUUGAACUGAAUGUCUCUUCAUAAUUCAAAGGUUACUAUUUUAUAAAAAUCAAGUUAGCUUAUUAGUAAGGGUAACUAAUAAUCGUACUAAUAAUUGGACCCCCAUUUAUGGGGCAAUUUUUCUGUUUUAUAAGUAUCUUCAUGUAGCUCUAAUACUGCUGCCAUGCUCUUAAAUCAAAUCCACAAAAGGCAAGCUACUUCAAAAUAAGAUUAGAAAGAGUAUGGUUGCCUAUUUUCAAACACAAGUGGAUUCAACGGUAAGCACGGUAUUUCUCCUGCAAGGUAUUUCUCCCCAGGACAACGGCUGUUUUGGGUAAGAAGACACGUGAAGUGGCGCUCCCUACCCCCAUGUGUGGGGCUGGGGCUGAUCCCUACAAUUAAUACAGAAAUCCUUCUUUUUGACCAGCAAAUGGAUAUUUGCAUUACUUCUUGCUUAAAUGCUUCAGGAUUACUGUGUGAAGAAUAAAAAUCAUAGGAUUAAAUUAUAAUUUCCAUAAAAUGAUAGUUAAGAGCUUUGUUGUUGUUGUUAAUACUGGAAUGUGCUCACCAGCCAAUACAUCGUAACUGAGAUAACUUGUAAACUUUGAGGACAGUUAACAAAACCUGUGACAAAUCAUGUCUCCCCCACCCCCCCCCAAGGACGUUUGUUACACAGAUACUUGUUACACUAAUACUUGAAUUUGUACCUCAUGGUAUUUGCUGUCUUUUAACUAAUCACAAUAUUCUUAUAUUUUAAUUAUACUUUUGGAAUUUAAUAUCAGGUGAGUAGGGUGUGUGGGUGUGUGUGUGAGUGAAACAGUCCCAACAGAAUGUAAGAAAACUUUUUUAAAUAAAAUAGUGACUUUUUAAAAAA